AGGGGCUCUGAGGCAGGUGUCUGGUUCGCUGACCGCCGUGACGUCAUGAUGAAUUCCCAAGCCUCAGCCGGCAGAGGGUCUUGGCAUGGGAGUGUAUAAAAAGGUGAAAGAGAGCUCGAAUCUGGCCUCUGCUAAAAUCCAACAUCAUCAUUACUUUGAGCCGGGAAGGGUUGUUGAGUUUGGAUGUUGGGAAUUUUUGCUCAGUCACCACAACGACCACGCUUCCAACAUAGAGAGCGAACGAGAAGCGCAAGGUUGUGAGACUCCCAGCAUGGUACAGUUGAGUGCCUCCCCAGACCCGGAUAUGUCCCCCUCUCCAUCUCCAUGCUCAGGGAAGAUCGAAGACAAGCAUGGGAGCCCAUUGUCUCCACGAACCAUCACCUCCCUGCAGCUUGCACUCUCAACCUCCACCACCGCCUAUCCUGGCUAUGAGACAUACAUAGAGGAUGGCCUUAUCUGUCUCAAGCACAAGAUGCGCAACCUUGAGAAAAAGAAGCUAAAACUGGAAGACUACAUGAAGCGCUUAAAACAUGGUUUCAAACUCAAUGAAGACCAACUGGACGCGGUGAAGAAGUAUGAGGAAGUUGUCCAUAACCUGGCAUUUGCAAAAGAGCUGCACAAGACACUUGGUGUAUUGACUCAGGACUUGUUGAAGGCUCAGAAGAAGGCAGUGAAGCGUGAGCAAAUGGCUAAGAUGGAGUCUGAGCGCAAGCGUCUGUGCACAGUGCUCCAGAUGCAGUACAUCCUGCAGAACCUCCAGCAUGAGCACGUCAGACAGGACGUCCUGAGCAGCGCCAGGCGCCCGCUCCUCGUCUCGGCUAAAGAGCUGGAGGGCCUGAGGGACCUAGGUGCCCUGCUCAACCGGAAGAGGGAUGGUCCCAAGAGUUUGAACGAUCAAAUGACGCGGUCAGCUGUUGUCUACUGGGAGCUGUUGGAGGGGAAGGAGAAACCAGUCGUCGGCUCCACAUAUAAGCACAUGAGAGAAUGGCUGGCCAAGCUGAUGGAUUGUGGGUACUUUGACCAAGUUGUGCUUCCUAAAGACAAGAAGGAACCUGAGAGCCAUGUGAAGCCUGGAGGACUUGCAGCCCUUAUGAAGUUCAGAACACCUGACGUGCCUACCAGAGUGUUUCUUAACAGACACUAUGCACCUGAUGAAGGCCUCAGUAAGCAGAAUCUGGACAAAAACCCACCUUCACACAACUGGAAGGAGGAGUUCUUGGCCCUAAAAGAGCAGGAGCCUCCAGACUCAUGGGAUAUGGAGUUAAAUGAGGGGCCACCCUCCUCCAAGGCAGGACUACCAAGCAAACCAAGCAGAGCAGCAGCUGGUUUCGUCCUUAAAGAUCAGAAGUCGAUCAAGAAACCCAAUAUAGAGCCUAAACCGAAAGCUCAGAGAAAACCUAAAGCUGGAAAGGAGAUCAAAUCAGCAUCUCGAACUGAGGCCCGUGUGGAGGUGUUCAACUCUCCAUCCUCUCUGCCCAAAGAUCCCAUCUUGCGAAAACAGGAGCUGGAUGACUUGAUGGUUCAGAUUUCAGGAUCCUUCAGCUUUAUGCAGGAUUCAUUGUUGGAUGGUGAAGCAUCUCAAACACAUGUGCAUCCCAGGAUUUGUGCAUCUCCUGUGCCCUCCACUCCCCCUGCCCAGAGGGAAUCCAAGGAUAGUCCAGCUGAGGACUCCUCCAAAACUAUGCAUUCUACCCCACUGCCUUCUAAACUUCUUGCCAAAGAGGGUAACACCAGUCUGACCAAUGGGAGUCAGAGUCUGGACAACUGGGACCUGGAUGUCACUCCAGUGGAAGUAGUGCAGGAGAAACCGCAGUUGCCCAGACGAGAGGGUUUUGAGUCGCCUCCUCUUUUUCGCCGCAAGUCCAGUAUCUCACCGACCCUGGAGGAGAAGUUGCCUGCCGAGACUCCCGUGCCACAGCCAGAGAGGCAGUCUCCCAGUAACGUGGUGACUCCUCCAGCCACUGACUCAGCUCAAGCCUUCUCCACCCCACCAAACCACCGAUCUCACAGCAUGGUCCCAUCUGCUGCCUACCAUCCCGUGUUCAAAGUCAAUGUGCCUACGCCACUAUGUAGUGGGUCUUACAUGAAGCCAGAUACGACUUACUCUGAAUCCACUCUUGUGAGAUAUGCCACUGCCAGCACCCAGACCCCACCUGAGCUCAACCCACCGGAGGAAGAACCACUGCAGCCAGAUGACAUGGCUCAGUCAGAGUGUGUGAUGGUUAGUGGACAGAUGUACACAAUGGGACGCUCAGGGCAGCCUUACCAUGCGCGGGGCUCUUUCAGAGGUGUGGGACGCGCAGGCAGGGGACUGCCACACUACAUCCGCUCGCCUGGUGUCCACAGAGGAGGGUUUGAUGGGUACAGAACCAGCCCCAGAUCUGCUGGAAGUUUUGUUCCUCCGUCUCACUCCGCAUCUACUCCCAUUGGUGCACGGGACACCGGGUACCAGUCCAACUACAAGCAUGGCGGCACAGGGGGGCAGAGGAGCAACACUAGUGGUGGAUGGAGUGACUCGUCCCAGGUGAGCAGCCCUGACCGGGAGGGGACGUACAUAGUUGACCUCGUUGACUCCGGUCAUGGCGACUCGCUCUCUGACAUGCCGGUCACACCUCAGGGUGCACACACCCUCAUGCCCGUGCACGUGUACCCCAUCUCCCAGCAAAUCCGGGUGGCCUUCUCGGCCGCUCGCACCUUCAACUUCGCCCCGGGCACACUCGACCAGCCUAUCGCAUUUGACCUGCUGCACAGCAAUGUUGGAGAGAUGUUCGACAUGCCGUCGGGUCGCUUCACUUGCCCGGUGCCUGGUACCUACGUCUUUAUCUUCCACAUCCUCAAGCUGGCUGUCAACGUGCCACUUUACAUCAACCUGAUGCGCAACGACGAGGUGGUGGUGUCUGGCUACGCCAACGACGGAGCGCCCGACCAUGAGACCGCUAGCAAUCAUGCCCUGCUGCAGCUGUACCAGGGUGACCAGCUGUGGCUGCGACUGCACCGCGGCGCCAUCUAUGGCAGCAGCUGGAAGUACAGCACCUUCUCAGGCUUUCUGCUGUAUCAGGACUGAGCCACACGCAUGCAGCGUAGCCCUUGCUUCUGGGUUCGACCAGAGCCCAAAGUACAAGUGUGUGUGUGUGUGUGUGUGUGGUGAAGCGGCAUGUGCAGAGUUUCAGUGAGCCACAAGUUAGCACUUGGAUUUCAGUUUGGGUGGUUGGGGAUUUGGAUCUGUGGGGCUUCUGUGGGUUCUCUCCCCUCUGGCCCUUCAGAACAAAUCAACCAGCUAUGCCCCUACUAAUAUUGUCACCUCUUCUGAUCCAAUCAGGGGGCAUUUCAUUUCGAUUGCCAGUGGUGCUGGUAGACUGGCACUGUUUUCUUGUGACCAUGAAAAUGUCUUGUAGCUGUUGCACAUUACUGACCAAAUAUAGCAGUCUUCACUGUGCACAUUGCCAAAUCCUCCAUACUAGGUGGAACGUUUGUUUCUACUAACUGUUGAUGGGUGAGUGUAGAGUGUCUGAGCCAUGCAGCAUUUAAUACAAUGUGGAUUCCUUUGUUUGUUUGUUUUUUUCUUUUCCUAUCCCCUCUUUAAUUAUUUAAACUCUACCAUGGCUUUUGAGUGGAGAAUGUAACUGACAUUACUUGACUAGUUGAGCACUUUAACAGGAAACCCCAAAGUGUUGCCUUGUAUUGGAGGAGGGUGUGGUGUGGUGUGGGUUGGGCUGUGUGUAUGCACUGGAAAAGGCUAAUAUGCUUGAAGUUGAAAGAUGCCUCUGUGCCUAAAUAAAUCAUGAAAUCCGUGCA